AUGCAGACAACCGUCUAUUGGAGUGUUCAGCAAUCGCCUAAAGAGAAGUCAAGCAAGACAAAAGCUGGCCGAACGGGUUGUCCCAUCAAGAACCACUUCCGGAUCGACCUCAAGUGCCCGCGCGGCGGAGUCCACAUCCCAGUCCCCAACUCAAGGAAGCAGCACACCUUAUCCCGGAAAUGCGGCUGCCAGAGCAAGUUCAGCAUCUUUCACGACGUCCAGAGCAACUCCCUCCGAGUUGAAUGGCACUGGCAACACAACCACAACCCUUUCUCAAAGGAGGAGAUUGCUGCCAAUCGAAUCCCCAAGAUGUUGGACAACUGGCUCACCAAACGUGUCCUUGCAGGGCUUGGCUGUAAGGCGAUAUAG